UAGAAAAGCAGAAACCAAAAACACAAUGAAGUACAGCUGCUGCUGCUCUCGUUCCACCUUUGCCCUCAUCCUCAUUUCUUUCCUUUUCCUCUCCUCCUCCUGUCUUCUCCCCAUCUGCAUAGCUUCCAGUUCUGAAGUGGGGGAUGAAACUCCAUUUACUUACAUUGAAGGGACUGGUAAAGGGCCAAAGGAAUGGGGCAACAUCAGGCCAGAUUGGAAAGUUUGCAAUACUGGAAAAUUGCAGUCUCCUAUUGACCUUCUGGAUGGAAGAGUACAGGUUAUGUCUAAUUUAGGGAAAUUAAAGAGGGACUACAAAGUAGCUCCAGCUGUUGUGAAGAAUAGGGGACAUGAUAUUUCAGUGCGGUGGGAAGGGUAUGCUGGAAAAAUCAAUAUAAAUGAAACUGAUUAUAAGUUGAUUCAGUGUCAUUGGCAUUCGCCCUCAGAGCACACAUUCAACGGAUCUAGAUACAAGUUGGAACUUCACGUUGUUCAUCUAAGUGCCUCAGGAAAGAUUGCAGUUAUCGGAAUUGUCUACAAAUAUGGCCGCCCUGACCCCUUGCUUUCAAGGCUGCUCCAUCACAUAAAAACAGUUGGAAAAAAUGAGAGACCAAUAGGUAUUCUUAACCCAGGAGACAUCAAGUUUGGAAGCAGAAAGUAUUACAGAUACAUUGGUUCACUUACAACUCCUCCCUGCACUCAAGGUGUCGUUUGGACAAUUGUCAAGAAGGUGAGGACAGCCUCAAGAGAGCAAGUAAAAGCAUUAAGGGAUGCUGUUCAUGAUGGAUAUGAGGCAAAUGCGAGACCAACUCAAGCACUGAAUGUAAGACCAGUAUGGCUCUACACUCCGAGCAAGAACUAAUAGUGAUUGUGCAUAUGUCUAUAGUAGUGUGUAAGAGAAACUGAACUAUAAAAAUGGUUGCUUUAGCUGUCAUGAAGCAACAAUAUGAAUAAUGUCUCCGAAUGAGGCAAAAGCAAUGAUUUUUGUUUUGAGUCCCUUCAGUUUGGAGUCAGUCCCUUGAUUUUUUUUUUUUUUUUGGUAAAUGGAGUCAGUCCCUUGAUGAUCAUCUUGUGCAUGUAUUGUCAUCAUAUAUGGAGAUACAAUAAAAUUUUACUAAUCUU